ACCUUGACAACACCACAGCAUUCCGUAGCCCUCCAAGUUGCGGAUAGCAGUUUCCAGUUUCAGCUGAGAAAAAUCAAAAGAUUUGUCGGAAGAUAUUGGUAUUUCUUACAGCCAAGAGCAUUGGAAAUAUGACCAAGCCAAAGACUGAUAAAGAGCCACAGCGCCGUCUUCUUAACCGUGGAGCUAUCAAAAAUGGACUUGGUGGACAGAGCGUCGAAUAUCCGGUAAACAGAGUGAUGCCACGUUACAGAAAUGGAAAGCCAACGAACCCUAUUGAUGUAAACCACAACAAUUUCUUACCAAAAUUACCAGAUGCCAAUACUGGUAAUACUAAAAUGAGAGGUGUAAACCCAUAUGCACCAGAGCCUAAGCCUAUAACUGAUGGCACCUCCUACUUGGAUAUAUACCAGAUGAAGCCAGGUUUCCAUUUUCCUGAUGUAAAAGAUAAAACUAAAAUUGCUGCUAGGCACCAGCUCCAAAUAAAAGUAGUUCCAAAGGAAAUAGUUAAGCUUGAGGAUGAUUUAGAUAACAGACCUCGCACUAGAAUGCACCCAGAGGACCAUGUAUCAUCAGUAUUAUCGCCAUCUGAACUCAGUGUUAUAUCAUAUAACCGAAGUGACAGUUCAUUGAACAUACCGGCUAUGCCACCAUCACGAAGAACUAGUCCAUUAUACGCUGGACCACCAAGUAUGCCACAUGGAGAGGGAACUCAUCUUUCUUUAUCACCAGAACCACACAUUGAAGGGGCUCUUGUAACACGGCCACCACCUAUGUCAUGUGGUGAAGGACAAGAACAUGCAUAUAUGCCACGCCCACCAUCUAUGUCACAUAAUGAAGAUCGCAUGCAUAUGCCACCCUCAUCACCCGGCCCACGUGGGGUGAGACAUGCUUUUAUGCUACAGCCACCAACCAUACAACGUGAAGAUCAACCACAUAUGCUUACAGUACCAAAAGAAGAUGGCUCGAUCUAUUAUAAGCGUAAAACUACAGUUAAACUGGAGAAAAUGGAUAUCUUUUUAAAUCCCAAUACACAGCUCGGUCUGGGAACUGACGUAUCCAACUAUAUUCCGACGCCACCUGCUGUGACUAGACACGGAGCUGAGAGGAACAUCCGUGGACAGUCACAACAGAAAGGUGGAGGCAGAAAAAUACUUCCUCCACUCCAAAGGAAGAGGCCAUAUUAGAUGGGAAAAAGUAAAUAACUGAAUAGUGCUAUAAUACGUUGUUGCAAUAAUACUUAUGGUUCCAAAAAGUAAUACUAGUAUAAUAUCAAUAUUAAGCAGUGCAUAAUGUGAGAUAUAAGAAUACCAUUUCAUUGUAAUUAUAUGUGUGUGAUUUAAAUGUAAUCGAACUUGUUUUACCUGUUGUGCUUUUAUUUGUUUUUGCAAUUACUUUUUUAUGCUACUUGUUCACUUGUUUGUGCUAUAACUUCUUUGUGUUACUACUUGUUUGUGCUUCCUCUUGUUUUUAUGCUACUACUUGUUUGUGGUAUAACAUAUAUGCUUUUGUGACAUUUAUGAUACUAUUAAUUAUUAGAAAUCAAACGACAAUGUAAAAAUUUAAAUAAUUCUAAAAGAUGAUAAAAGAAAGGGACUGACUAAUAUUAAUGUUAAACGUUAAACACUCAAUUUUGCCCUUGAAUAUUUGCGCUUUUAAAACCAUAUGCUCUGGAUAUAACUACUUCUCAGUUAGUAUCAAAAUUUGAUAACCAUGACUUAUAAAUGCUUGCGCUUGCCAUAAAUACACAUGCUAAUCCCAAUAGCAACUGCUUGUGCUAGCCAAGGAGUUUCGAUUCAGGUAUAUGGGCUGUUUGGUUCUGAUUAAA